GGCCGACGAGCUUCGACGGGAGUCCCACUCGAGACCGCGACGAGCGACGACGCGACCAGGAUGAUGACUCCAUGUCCGUCAAUGGAAGAGGCUUUCCGUGACACACCUGCUGAUCCGGACUCCGGACCAGCUGGUCAUAGCCUCCCGGACUGUGGGAGGCGACGGUCCCGAGGAUCGGACAUCGUGCGGCCGAGAUUUCACGCCUGAGACCGGUCACUGGACCGGAAGCAUGCUGGGAAACUGCCUUCCGCUUCCGAUUUAUUCCCGAGUCCCAUCGACGGACGGGGCUCGGUAAUGACUCACGACCUUUCUUUUCGGACCGCCAUGACCCGCCUCGGGCGACGCGUGGCCGCAUCGGCGCACAUCGCACCGUCGAUCGUGUUAAACGCGGUCAACCGAGCGUGGGAACUCUGUUGGGGCUCCUCCCGUUCCUUAGUCCGGCGCUGCCUGGCCCAUCCGCAUCUGCGGCCAGACCUCGUGCUCGAGUGUCAGUCCCGCCGGUAGCUCGCUCUCCGAUCACCGGCAGCCGCAACGUGGCGGAGAUGUGCGUUCGGCCCGCUCGGAAGCAUAAAGCGUGGCCGCGCCGAGAGUCCAAGAAGGCUCAUUCCAUUUGCUCCUCUCUUCCUCCUCCCUUCUCCUCUCCCUUUCUCCCCGAGCCCCUUCGCGUCUCGUCGCUGCAUCUCGUUCAUCUCGAGCGGCGUUUCAGUUCGCGAAAAAAAUCUCCUCCAAUCCUCAGACUUCUCCUUCAGUCGUUCUCCAAAUCGAGUCGUGAGCCCGACCUCGACACGAGCAUCGCUGUCGCUGUGCUUGCAAGGCAGAAUUGAAGCAGACGAGUGGAAUUCUGCGAUUCCGUGGCAGUUGGUUGAUCGUGAUUGUGUUUGUGCGUGCGUGCGUGUGUUGGUUGUGUUUGCGUUUGUAGAGUGCGCGUCCUCGUAAGGAAGAUAGCGGAAAUUUUUGAAGAGCUGGCGAAUACCGGAACACUGGCAGACACAAACUCAGAUGAAGGGAUAGUUCGAGCGCUUUACCGAGCGUUAUCGCAAGGAGAUGUUCACCCCGUGAGCAAGCUCGUGACCCCUGACCUCGAGUGGUGGUUCCAUGGACCGCCGAGUCAGGAUCAUAUGAUGCGAUUGCUCACCGGAGCCGCUUCAUGUGACUCCUUCAGCUUUGAGCCCGUGCGGUUCUUCUCCCAAGGUAGCAAAGUUUUUGUGGAGGGCAAGCACUCUACUCGACAUAACGUGUUCUGGGUCCACAUAUGGACGGUUAAAGAAGGGCGCAUUACACAAUUGCGCGAAUACUUCAACACUGCGGUCCUGGUGACCGAUCUCAAGCCGAACAAGCCGUCUGUAGAGAUCGUCUCAAGCUAUCCUUGCACUACUAUUUGGCAGAGUCAGCUCUGGAAGAGCAAGGAAGGGAAAUCUCUUCCAGGCUUCAUUCUUGCGGUUUGAGAAGAUUCCGCGACUUCGAAGUCGCGGUGUUCAACGUUCUCAUUGCGGGAAAUGCAGACUCGUGAAAUAAGUACUAUGAUCACAUCGUGAGUUGGCACCCAGGAAGCUGAAUUUCUCGAGAUUGCAGUAAUGCACUGCAAGUUUUGGCGAAAACAUCUAGCUAGAAGGUGUUAGCGAAUAAUCGUGUUAUAUCGGCAGAAUUUUAUGUCUUCUGUUUUAUGUUUUGUAGUUUGGCCUGUGGAGCUGACGGAGAUCUGAAACUUUGUUGUUGAGUGCGAGUGCUAGGACAGAGAGAGAGAUCGACGGGUGAUUGACACGUCUUAGCAAACCUGUCCCACCUCGUUUGUUUACUCUUAUCGGUCUUAUUUGCUGUCGAUCAUGUAGAGAGACAUAGAGGAGAUCAUGCCUAAACCUCUAGGACUGAAAACUGGAAGCGCAGACCAACUGUUAGAUGAAGGUCUCCACCAGAUUCCUCACCAUCAUACUAAGAUUUACACAUACGUAUGGUUCACGCUUCAUCGUUAUUUCGAUGAAGGACAUGUCCAACAUACAUUUUGCCGAAAGGAUGAUCUUUCAUUCAUUCCUUGUGGGAAGAGUACACUGUUAAAUUUUGGAGAAUGGGAGAUGUAACCAGGCUACAUGCAUAAUGAUGUACGAUCUAAAACUGAGACAUGCAAAUGAAUAAGGAAGAGUAACUGUCGCUCUAUAUGCUUGGAGAUAAAAACAUAAAAAGUUUAUCAACAGAGAUAAUAUUUCCCUGCAACUUCCGUGUGAAUGAAUAUAUAUAAAGUGGGGUAAUUCCUCAUUUU